CUCUCUCCCUCUUCCUCUCCCUCUCCGCCACCAGCGCCGCUCUGGCACGGCGACGGCGGCGGCGACGACGGCGGCGGCGGCGACGCCUCUCCUGCUCCCCUCUCCUCCUUCUUCAUCUUCUUCCUUUCCUUGUGUCUGCCAAUAGAAGUCUCUCUCUCUCUCUCUCUCUGUCUAGCGGGCUCUGCGAUUGGCCGGUGUUUUAUGGUCUCGGGUGAUUCCUCUCUUCCCGGACGCUCGCCGGAGUUCGUUCGCUACGUUCGUCUUCGCCGGUCGCCCGCUGCGGCCCGUUGAGUCGUCGCUCAAUUUCAGGAGGUUGCUCGCCGGAGCGGGGUCCGUCGGGAGCGAGCGUGCCGUUGGAUUGAGACGGUUUGAUUCUGCGAAUGUGUGCUGUGGGUACUGUGUUGUGUUUAUUCUAUAGUUGCGGGAACAAUUAUGAGCUGGCGACUUGGUUUCCUUGACAGUGGCGAUUAAGUGGUGCAGGCCUUAUUCAGAUGUGUGAAUAAUUUGUCCCAGCACUUUUGUGGCUGAUAAAAUGAACCCGCGAACUGCUGUGGUGUCUAGAACACAGAAAUCGAACGGUCUUCAGCGAGAAGGUCCAAAUUGGGUUCUUAUUGCUGGUGGUGCCUUGUUAAGCACAUUGUCAUUUCGGCUUGGUUACAAGCUGAAACAAGCAAUUGACACAAAGCAGCCUGAUGAUUCUGGAAAUGGAAAAUCUACGGACAGGAGAAAGCAACCCGCUUCUCGUCUGCAUUCAAAUAUGUAUUCCUAUAUGCAAGGCGAUGAUGGCUGUUUUAAUUGCUUCCCAGCAGGAAAUGAUGGAGUGAUAGACCCAAAGCACCCUUCCACUGAGCACAUGCUUGAAGAGCCAGAAUCAGCUCUCCCCUUGGUGACCGUUCCUGCCCCUGAAUAUAACAGAGAAAAUGGGGUAACAUGGGCAUCUUCACUUGAUCGCUUUGAGUUGCCUCCAAAACCAUUCCACCCUUCCAACUGCUCAGAGUCACCAUGUGUCUCCGAAUCUGGCUCUGACAUCUUCAGCAAAAGGGAAGUGAUUCAUAAGCUGAGGCAGCAAUUGAAGAGGAGAGAUGACAUGAUUCUGGAAAUGCAGGAUCAGAUAUCCGAGUUGCAGAAUUCUCUCAAUGCUGAGUUGGAACAAUCUACUCAUUUGCAGGCACAACUUGACGCUGCAAAUAGGAACUUGUUCGAUUCUGAGAGAGAGAUUCAAAGACUGAGGAAAGCUAUUGCAGAUCACUGCGUUGGACAUGUGGGUGUGCAGGAGAAGAAUUCGACAGCCCCAGUAUGGCCACCAGAAGUGAUAAAUGGCCAUGCAAAUGGGCAUGUUGAUGUCGAAGACAAUUUUGCAUCUAUUGAGAAAGCGAGAGAUAUGGACAAGAUUGAGAUGUUGAAGAAGGAAGUCGGAGAGUUGAAGGAGGUCAUAGAUGGGAAAGAGUAUCUGCUGCAGAGCUACAAGGAACAGAAGGCAGAACUUUCUUUGAAGAUUAGGGAGUUACAGCAGAGAUUAGAUUCUCAGCUCCCGAGUAUUUUGUAGGCAAUGUCGUCACUUGUGCAUAUCACUUUAGUUUUCUUUUUCCGUGCUUCGGAACUUGAGGUUUCCAGGAUUGCCAGAAGCAUCAUAUUUCUCCUCAUUUCUUUUUAUCUUUUUCCAUCCUUGGGUGAUGUUUUUAUUUUGCGUUUGCUCUUGUGCAGCUGCGUAGGAGAUAGAACAUAGGUUGCUCCUUUUUAUCCCUUUUAUUUGUCGGUUCUUGUUUUCUUAUUUGGAGCAGAAAGAGAGCAGACGGUCUGCUUUGUGCACAGUUGAGAUUCUAAGUUUGUGGGAAGGUCGCCUUAAUUUUUAUGGUA